AUGUCGUUCCUCAAGAAGUACAGCAAAGAAAUCGACCAGGCGAAGAAAUUCCUGGGUUCUGGCGAGAAAAAACAGGAGGCUGGGCAUGCAGCUCCUUACGGCGGUAGCCCACAGCCUCAAGGCGGAGGCUACGGUGCACCACACCAGCAACAAGCUCCCUACGGACGACCCCAGGGCUAUGGAGCACCCGACCCCCACCAACCCUCCCCCUAUGGCGGACCGAGCCCACAGCCUCAACAUGGAGGCGGCGGCUACGGCUUUCCUCCUCCCUCGGCACCAAACCCGAGUUCGCCCCCUCAAGUUCCCAAUGGCUUCCACGCCCAGUUCGACCAACAGUCCCAGCGCUGGUACUACGUGAACCAGGCCACGGGCCAAACACAAUGGGAUCAUCCUGAUCCGCACAAUUUCCCUCAACACGGCGCGCCCCCGCCUCCCGCGGGAGGAUUCGGUGGUGGCGCUUACGGUGCUCCGGCCGCGCAUGGCGCGGGAGAACACGGGGGGAAGAGAAAAAGAAGGAUUCGAAGGGGAAGUAUGGCGCGUUGGCUGGUGGAGGGGCAGCGGGGUUGGUUGGAGGUAUGUUAA